UAGAAUCUUUAAUCGAUGUUCUCUUUAUGGCAUUUUAAAUAAACUGAAAUUUUGUGAUACAUACAAUUUUAACAAAAUAGCACAUAAUUCGACACAUUACCUAAUCUAACCACUCGUCUGAAAUUAGCUACCUACCAACAUCCUAACAAUUCAAUUUGCCAUACCAACUUAAAUAAAAUCAGUAAUUGUUUGCAAAAUUGUACAUAACCUAAAUUUGUAUUCAAUUUACUGAUUUCUACAUAAUACAAUUAUUUGCUGAUUACUAUGUCCUGUGACAAUGUUUUAUCAGUUGAUAAUGACGAAUACGAUAGAAAUACCUCAUUAGCUAAUCAAGUACAAGUUUCAAACACCUACAAACAGCUUAAUAUUAAAAGGACGGUUGAUGUAAGAAAAUCUACGGGAUCAUUUAUAUUUCAUAAUGGAGUCAUAAGUUCUAGAAUUCGUUUUGUUAAUGAUUACCAUGAAGAAUAUAUAAGUGUGGCUACUUCCGAACGACUGAAGAGCAUUUGUAAGAGCACUGACACACUAGUAACAGGAAUUUCUAGUAACUUUUUACUCAAUAGAAAUAUAAAGAAUAAAAAGAAAAGUUUUGGUAAAAUAAAAACUAAAAACAUGCCCAUGAAGGCAAACAAAAAUUACUUUGAAACUACAAAAAUUGAACAAAGACUUACUACAAACCAAUUACCAAAAGGACAGGAUUCUGUUAAUGUUUUAGAUGAUACAGAUUCUGUUAUUUGUUUGGGUAUAUUGGAUGUUGCAUCUUCAAAAAUUUCAACAAAUAAAACUUCAGAAAAAUAUGAUCAAAAUUCUUCAUUAGUUUUGAGUAAUAGUAACAAUCUUAAUGAAAAUGAUGUAAUAAUUGUACAACAGUAUUGCAACCUGUGUGGGGAAGAUUUGAAUAUGGAAUAUAAUCAAAUAAGUGAUAAACACAGAUGUCCUGAUUCUGCUAGAAACUGCCAAAAAAGAACUAAAUUAACAAAAAGUAUUUGUUCAAUAGAAACCAAAAAGACAAGUAAAAUACGUAACAGUGGACAAGAUAACACCACAACUACAACUACUUCUGGACUUUCUUCAAUCACUUCCUUACCUUUAAAUAUAGAAAGUUGUAACAAGAAUAAUGAGAACCCAGUUGUAAUACAAGAUACUACUUGCAAUACAAGUACUAACAGCCUUUUCUUUAAUGAUAAUAAUAUUAUUAAUGCAUUAAAGAGAAAAGUUUCGGAGUUUUUGGAUAAAAAAUAUACACAAACAGGUGAUGCUACUUCGACAAGUUAUGGUAACAAUAAUAAAUGUUUGUGCCAAAAUUUUGUAAAUUUGAAUUUAAAGAAAACUAACGAUGUGGAAAGUAGACAUAAACUAAGGGUGAAUAGUGAAUCCACAGAGGUGGUUGAUGAUAAAUUUGAACAAGGCUGUAUAGAUAAUGCAAGGGAUAACUACAUUUUUGGCUACAAUUAUUAUGGUUCAAAAGUGCGUAAGAAAAGUGGUUUGAGAUUAAUAGUUAUCGAUGGGAGCAAUGUUGCUUUAGGGCAUUCAAAAGGAAAAUUCUUUUCUUCAGAGGGUCUAAAAAUAUGCAUAGAAUACUUUUACCAAAGAGGGCAUGAAGUGAAAGCAUUUGUGCCUCAAUUUCGCUUGAAAAAUGGACAAACUUCAAACAAGCAAUUAUUACAAUGGCUGUAUAAUCGUGGAUGGGUAAUAUUCACACCGUCCAGAGAAGUAAAUGGGCGAAUGAUAGUGCCUUAUGAUGACCGUUUCAUAGUACAGUGCGCAGCUUUACAUGAUGCUGUUAUAGUUUCAAACGAUUGUUAUCGUGACUUAAUGAAAGAAAAUCCACAAUGGAAAAAAACGAUUGAAAAUAAUCUUUUGAUGGUUACAUGGGUUGAUGACGUAAUUUAUUUUCCGACCGAUCCGCUUGGCAAACGGGGACCUAGAUUAGAAAGUUUCUUGCGUUAUUCGUAAUUUAAACAUAAACACCUACCUUAUUACAUUAUAUUAUACUAUUUACAUACAUAAAAUGACAAAGAACUUGUGAUUUCGUUUUUGGAUUUCUA